UGUUGAACAUCGUUAUCAUCGCUUUUCCAUCACAUUUCUUCCAAACAUUAGCUCGACAGACGAAUGUCGUCGAGCUGAGGCACCUGGUUCCAUAAAUUGCCAUAAAUGUACAGUCGCCGGUGCUGCGAGUGACGAAUUUAUUCGUUGAACAAGACGCCAGGUACCGAGUUGAUAUAAUCGUUCGAUUUGAAGGUUACGUUAUUUGUAUGUGUACCUUUGGAGCGUUCAAACCAUUCCGCGCAAUGCGUCGUCCUCGUCUAUAAUACCCGGGAUGAUCAUGACUAGACUAAGGAUGACAAUUUCCCUGAUCGAAUGCCCGUAAUUCGUAUAAGCUUCUUGACAAAUGGUUGCGGCCGGCAAUACGGUUAUGCGUCAAGGUGGGACGCGGCGAAAUGUUAGAAUUCUCUUGGUGGGGGAGCGUGGAGUUGGAAAAACCUCCCUGAUACUCUCCUUGGUUAGCGAGGAGUACGCCGAGGAUGUCCCCAGCAAGGCUGAGGAGAUCACGAUACCGGCGGAUGUCACUCCGGAACAGGUCCCCACUCAUAUAGUCGAUUACUCGGCUGCAGAACAGACGGACGACCAGCUAGCAGAGGAAAUUCAAAAGGCUCAUGUAAUUUGUGUGGUAUAUUCGGUGGAGGAUGAGGACACGUUGGACCGGGUGGCCAGUUACUGGUUACCCUUAAUCAGACAGUCGUCGCCGAACAACCGAUGCCCAAUCGUUCUUGUUGGCAAUAAAAUUGAUCUCGUCGACUAUUCAACCAUUGAGGCCGUUUAUCCAAUUAUGAAAGAAUUUUCUGAAAUAGAGAGCUGCAUCGAGUGUUCCGCCAAAACGUUGCAAAAUAUUUCAGAAAUGUUUUAUUAUGCGCAAAAAGCUGUCCUGCAUCCUACUACGCCCCUUUACAACUACGACACACAAGAGUUAACGGACGAAUGCAAAACUGCACUGAGAAGAAUAUUUAAGAUAUGUGACCUUGACAAUGACGGUCUGUUGAACGAUAUGGAAUUGAACACGUUUCAACAAUGGUGCUUCAAUACUCCCCUACAACCUCAAGUCUUAGUUGAUGUAAAAGCAGUUCUUUCUAAAAAUAUCACCGAUGGGAUUAGCGAGGGCUGCGUCACAAUGAAAGGUUUCAUGUAUCUGCAGUGUCUAUUUAUACAGCGAGGUCGCAACGAAACGACAUGGGCUGUUCUCAGAAAGUUUGGUUACGACAGUGAUCUCUUAAUGUCUAAAGAAUAUAUCCAUCCUCCUUUGAAGGUACCAUUGGGCUGUACGACCGAAUUAUCGCACAAAGGCCAGGAGUUCUUAGCUGUACUUUUUAUGCAACACGAUUGCGAUCAUGACGGCGCUCUAUCUCCGCUAGAACUGGAGAUGCUUUUCUCUCGCUGUCCGAGUCCACCCUGGGGUGACGAAUAUCGGUUUGUCGUACCUACCAACGAAAAGGGUUGGAUCACAUUUCAAGGAUUUAUGUGCCAAUGGGCAUUGAUGACGUUGACCAAUGUACGAAAAACUUUGGAAUACAUGGCAUACCUUGGUUACAAUAUGUAUAAUAACGAGUGCCAAACAAAUGCUAUUAACGUGACACGUGAGAAAAAAUUGGAUUUGGCCAAAAAACAGUCCAGCAGAAACGUGUAUAGCUGUCACGUUAUAGGACCGAAGAGCAGCGGCAAAACAACCUUAUGCAGAACUUUCGUAGAUCCAAAACUUGAGAAAUUGAAACCAGAUAUAGUCCCAUCCACCUCACACAUCACAGUGAAUACGGUGCAUGUAUAUGGACAAGAGAAAACGAUCGUGCUCAGGGACAUAAAUAUUUUAAACGUUCAAGAUGCCUUGACACCUGCACAAAUCCAAUGCGACGCUGCGGCUCUCGUUUACGACGCUAGCAAUCCAAAAUCGUUCGAGUACAUUGCUCGGAUUUUCAUUAAAUACUUUGCCGACAGUAAAAUACCGGUACUGAUAGUCGCAAACAAGAGUGACCUCACGGAAGCGAAGCAGGACUAUCUGUUGCAGCCCAACAGUUUCUGCAGCAAAUACAAAUUAAUGCCACCUCAGCCUUACAGUGUUACACGUACUGUGCGUCGUGAAAUAUUUGUCAAGCUGGCUACUAUGGCAGCAUUCCCUCCACUGAGGCGUAUGGUCCACAUGUUACUUGUGAAACCCUCACCCAUUGAGUGGUGGAGUUCGAUUAGAAGGCACAUGAAGCAAUUUGGUUUGAUACAAGGAGAGUCUGUCGUUUGGUGGAAAGCUGGACUCGGACUUGCUGUGGCUACAGUUGCUGGAUUUGUUGUGAUGCGCGUCCUGAAUACUGACAAGAGAUAGUUAAUUAUGUCCCAAAUUUACGCUGUCGCAUUGACAAACCUCGUUUUUAGAUAGUCUCUGUAUGAUGAUGCGUACACACCUCUACAGGUUUAUCAUAGUGUUGCACAUAUAUGUCACAGAUUAUCAACAACUUGCGUUGAGUGUUGUUACGUGUGUCCUGUAAGAGUGACUUUCAGGCACGUGUUAUACGUACGUACAUACAAAUAGAUUGUUAGUAGGAAUUCUUUGCAAAGAAUGUGAAUAAAAUUAUUUUUGCUUUACUGUUAAGCUGCGGAACUAAACUCAAGGUUGAAUGACACAAAUCUGUAAAGAAUAUAUAUGCAUACAUAGGUAUGAUGAAUAUCUUAUAUUUAUAUGUAGGUGAAAAAAAUAUUUAUUCAUUACUUCUAGUUAUCAUUGAAAAAUAAGAAGUUUCAUUUGGAGAGUUAUAGUGGCAAUGAUUCUUAGUCGUCUACGAGGAUAGAUUGAUUCCCAUGUAAGGUAUAGUCAUAGACAUCAUGUAACUCGUCUUCUGUGUGCUUUGCGUUGUUAUAUAAAAGCGUUGCAUCUAGAAAUGACAUUGAAUGCAAUAAAGUUAUAAUUGUCAAAUAA